AUAUUUGUUUUUUCUUUGUUCUUUACUUAUCGUUUCCUUUGUCCUCCUAUAUAACCUUCCCAUAUCUCCACUUACUAUCAAAUUCACCAACCGCAUCUUUCUCUCUUCUAACAAUCAACCCUAAUAAUUCCAAAAAUGGAAGCCACCAUCUUCAAGGGCAGAAGAAGCUCAUCAUCAGCCCUAGCGAUGCACAAACAGUCAUACUCAAUAACCAAAUCAAAGCCAAAGAUACGUAUAAUUCACAUAUAUGCACCUGAGAUCAUCAAGACCGACGUUGCCAACUUCCGUGAGCUCGUGCAAAGCCUCACCGGCAAACCAGAAAACCAUGGCGUUUCCAAAACAAAACCAAGAAGAGAUCAUCGUCAAGUCCAAGACAUGACCAACAUGGAGAAACUAAGAGAACCAGAAUGUUAUGAAUCUUAUGAUCAGGGGUUCUGCUUAAACUCAGAGAUGGAAGAGAUCUCGAUGACAUGGAACGGUAAUAACGGCGUUGGUGAGAGCUCCGGAGGGUUCCUGAAUGGUAUGGGAGAUUUUGAAGGGUUUAUUCAAGAACUUGGUGAAUUUCCCUAUCUGCCCUUGACAUCCAUGGAUGUUUCUGCUUCUUCUAAUUCAUCUUCUUCCUCUCAUUUACAUGGCGGAUCAGUUUUCUCAGAUUCUCACCACCAAUUCGUGUGACUCUCUCUGUCUCUCAAACGAAGUAACCUUUUUUUUUUUUUAAGUGUUGUAAUUUAUUUUGUUUAUUAGGUUUUUGUUGAAAAUAAAUUUAAUUUAUUAAUUUUGUUUAAUAUAUAUGAAGUAACUUUUUUUUA